AUGGAGGAAAAUGGCCACGGCAGUGGCGAUGGUAGUCAUUGGUGGUGGGCUCUGGCAAGCGCCGCCCAAUUAGGGUGGGGCGUAUUCUCGUACCGGAGAGGCGGGGUCGGCGACUCUCGCCUCAUGCCAGUCAAAGCCUUCGGCGUCGCCUCCCUCUUCGUCGGCGCUGCCGCCUCGGCCGCCUUUGGCGUCCUCCAUGCUUCCGGCAUUCACAAGGUAGAAGACCUCAAGGAAAUGGGUGCCAAUAUAAGGACAGGACUUGGAGUUCGUCCACGAGGCACGGGAUAAAUAAAUUUUUUAUUUACUUUCUUUUCUUUUUUUAUGGUAAAUUUGAAUGUCAUAACAAGUUUUGUAGUUGGGAUUCUGAUUAUGAGGAAAGAAUUGGAGUGUUCUGCUUUUGUAUUCCUGUAAGAACUCUUCAUCUUUUUUAGCUAGAAAAGUCCUAUUUCAUUCAGUUGUAGGCAUGAUGUAGUUAACUAAACUAAGCUCUCCUCAUUUUUUCCUGA